GGCCUCGUGGCGUCAGCGCAAGAUGGCGGCCUCGGCGGGGCUAUUCUUGCGGUUGCGGAGCGGGCUCUUGCAAGGCGCGCGGGGGCUAUGCGCGAGGCUCGCGACGGCGCCUCCCCGGGCCCCAGACCAGACUGCAGAGAUCGGGAGCCGAGCAGGCACUAAGGUCCAGGUCCAGGGGCCACAGCAGCAGAGGAGCUCGGAGGGUCCCAGCUAUGCCAAAAAAGUCGCACUCUGGCUUGCUGGGCUGCUCGGGGCUGGUGGGACCGUGAGCAUCGUCUAUAUCUUCGGAAACAACUCUGUGGAUGAAAAUGGUGCCAAGAUUCCUGAUGAAUUCGACAAUGAUCCAAUUCUGGUACAGCAGUUGCGCCGGACAUACAAAUAUUUCAAGGAUUACAGACAGAUGAUCAUCGAGCCCACCAGCCCCUGCCUUCUCCCAGACCCCCUGCGGGAGCCGUACUAUCAGCCGCCGUACACACUGGUCCUGGAGCUCACGGGCGUCCUCUUGCACCCUGAGUGGUCGCUGGCCACUGGCUGGAGGUUUAAGAAGCGUCCAGGCAUCGAGACCUUAUUUCAGCAGCUCGCCCCUUUGUACGAAAUCGUCAUCUUUACGUCGGAGACUGGCAUGGUGAGGCGCCGGGCGGCGGAGGGCGGGUCGAUGUGGCGGGCGGCGAGCCUGACCGCGCUCCCUGUCCCAUCCCACCCCCAGACCGCGUUUCCCCUCAUCGACAGCGUGGACCCCCACGGCUUCAUCUCCUACCGCCUGUUCCGGGAUGCCACGAGAUACAUGGAUGGACACCACGUUAAGGACAUUUCAUGUCUGAAUCGGGACCCAGCCCGGGUGGUAGUCGUGGACUGCAAGAAAGAAGCCUUCCGCCUACAGCCCUACAACGGCGUCGCCCUGCGGCCCUGGGAUGGCAACUCCGACGACCGAGUCUUAUUGGACCUGUCUGCCUUCCUCAAGACCAUUGCUUUGAACGGUGUGGAGGAUGUCCGAACCGUGCUGGAGCACUACGCCCUGGAGGAGGACCCUCUGGAGGCUUUCAAACAGCGGCAGAGCCGGCUAGAGCAGGAGGAACAACAGCGCCUGGCUGAGCUCUCCAAGUCUAGCAAGCAGAACCUCUUCUUUGGCUCCCUCACCAGCCGCUUGUGGCCUCGCUCCAAACAGCCCUGACCUCUGGGCCUCCUCAAACUCAGUGCCUGGGCUCUGGGCCCCAGGCCCAGGGCUCCCAGAUCACAGCUUGGGCAACCACAUGGCCAAUAAAGUUCCUCCCAGACGCCACA